GUCUUUUCGCCUCUACAAAAUAAACGUGUGCAAAAGGAUCCUGUUGCAGCUUCGUUCUUGCUGGUCUAAUCGGACGCGCUCAAGAACUUCCAAAGCAAGCUUCCCAAGGAAAAUGGGCACCCAGGGAAAAGUAAGUAAAUAAUCUCUAUCAGCAUUCGGUUGCUGGUUUCUUCCGGGUUACACGGAAACUGAAGUCAACUGAAGGGGUAGGAGCGGUCCCUAAGCUAGAAUCUGCUCUAAGGAAAAACAACUCUGAUUUGACAGUGUCCAGGGCAUCCUAGUAACGAAUAUACACAGCAUUUGUCAUAUAAAAGCACCCAUUAAAGCCAUAAUUAAAAACUGCCUAAGAACAAUUGAGAAGCAAGUUCUCAAAUGGUCAAAGAAACUUCCCACAGUAGUUAGGUAGAGAUCAGGACAAGGGACUGUAGACGUCCUUUCAACUUUCAAUUUUACUUAUGUUUUUGGACUGAAAACAUAACAUAGGAAUUAAUUAUAAAAUCUUAGAUGUUUAAUUUUUAAUGCACUUUUACUCAAUUCUUACAAAGAGAACAAUUUUUAUUUAACUUACAAUCUAGUAAUAAACUGAUUGUGUAAGCCUCACUUCCCAGAUGUUUUACCAUCUGGAGACCUCAGUGGAUCAUGUGAGUGGAUUUAGGGCGGGACUUUCUUCUCUAGCAACUCUAGAGUGAUGGAAAUACCUGCUGGCCCAAAGACCACGUAAGUACCAAGUCCAAAGCACACCUAGCAACCUCAGCUCAGGUAAUUCCGAGCUGGUUACAAACACCCUUGGCCCCCUACCAAAACCAUAGGCCUUAUAACUAUCUCUCCUUUGUUAUGUAGAUAAAUAUGUAGGGAUAGAAUUGGGGCAGUUUUUCAUAUAUGUGUUUCUCAAAAUAUAAAAAAUACAAUUGUUAUAACACAGACAUUGAGUUUUGUGAAGAUCUCUUCUCCUGAAAAUAAUGUAAGUAUAGAUGCAACUAGUUAAAAACCUCUCUUUUUUUAAGAAUUAUGGCAUUGUCCUUUUUUGGAAAAAGAAAACGGAUUCUCUCUUCCUCUCUCUCCCUCCCUUCCCUCACCUUCAGUCUCCACUUUACUCCCUCUCCAUCAUCGCUCUUUCAGGUUAUUAAAUGCAAGGCAGCCAUUGCCUGGAAAACUGGCAGUCCCCUUUGCAUUGAAGAAAUUGAAGUGUCCCCUCCUAAAGCUUGUGAGGUUCGGAUUCAGGUAAUCGCCACGUGUGUGUGCCCUACUGACAUCAAUGCCACCAAUCCUGAGAAGAAAGCUCUCUUCCCGGUAGUCCUUGGUCAUGAGUGUGCAGGAAUUGUAGAAAGUGUUGGGCCGGGAGUGACCAACUUCAAACCAGGUGACAAAGUAAUCCCAUUCUUUGCACCACAGUGCAAAAGGUGCAAGCUCUGUCUGAGCCCCCUCACAAACCUCUGUGGGAAACUCCGAAACUUUAAAUACCCCACUAUUGAUCAGGAGCUCAUGGAAGACAGAACCAGUAGGUUUACCUGCAAAGGAAGAUCAAUUUACCACUUCAUGGGAGUCAGUUCGUUCUCUCAGUACACUGUGGUUUCAGAGGCCAAUCUUGCCAGAGUCGAUGAUGAGGCAAACUUGGAGAGAGUGUGCCUGAUUGGAUGUGGGUUCUCAUCAGGCUACGGGGCUGCCAUCAAUACUGCCAAGGUACACUUAAGUGCUAGGCUGUCACCCCCCGGUUCCACUUGUGCUGUCUUUGGCCUAGGGUGUGUAGGUCUUUCUGCCAUAAUUGGGUGUAAAAUAGCAGGUGCUUCCAGAAUCAUAGCUAUUGACAUCAACGGUGAGAAGUUUCCAAAAGCCAAGGCCCUGGGAGCCACUGACUGCCUGAAUCCCAGAGAGCUAGACAAACCUGUCCAGGAUGUCAUCACUGAGCUGACGCUGACAGAUGGAGGUCUGGAUUUCUCCCUUGACUGUGCAGGAACAGCUCAGACCUUGAAAGCAGCUGUGGACUGCACUGUAAUAGGCUGGGGGUCGUGCACUGUGGUUGGAGCAAAGGUUGACGAAAUGACUAUACCCACCGUGGACGUUAUAUUGGGCCGUUCUAUAAAUGGAACAUUCUUUGGUGGUUGGAAAAGUGUAGACUCUGUCCCAAACCUGGUUUCUGACUACAAGAAUAAGAAAUUCGAUCUGGACUUACUGGUGACCCAUGCCCUACCUUUCGAGAGCAUAAAUGACGCCAUUGACCUGAUGAAGCAAGGAAAAAGCAUCCGAACAAUCCUGACCUUCUGAAGAUGCCAGGGGCAACUUGGAAUGUUAUCUGAUUGGAUCCGAGCCUGUCUGGAUGACUUAUUGCCUCACAUGAUGAGCCAAAGAAAGCAUGCAUUUACACUUCGUAUCAGCACAAAUGAACUAUAAAUUAUACAUUCACUGUUUUUGCUUGCUGCUCUCUAGGAGCUGGUGUGUUUUUUGUUUGGGGGGAAUUUUAUAUGUUGAGUAUUCACAUGAUUUCUAUCCCAUUGUCUCCCUCUCCGGCUCCUCUCACAUCCUGUCCCCUAACUCUCGAAUUCAUGACCUCUCUUCUUUCACUGUUAAAUACAUACAUGUACACAGAUGUAUAUACAGAUAGAAACUGCUGAGUCCAUUUAGUAUUAUUCACGUUCUACAUGAGUAAUUGGCUAACCAAUCAGGAUUGGAUAACCUAUUGGGUGGCUCCUUCCUGGAGAAGACUGGUCGUCCUCUCUUCAUAGCCACUGACUGCCUGUAGGUCUUCAUCUAGGGGUAUGUCUUGUGAGAUUUCCCCUGUCUACAUUGGAAUCUCAAUGGAUGUUUUUAUUGUCUAGGUCUUAUAUAGGAGACCAUGUCAUAAAGAUUCCAUAGAUGCGGUUCCCUGUUGUUAAUAAAUAGAAGACAUUAUCUGGAAGCAGAUUUCCUGCUUUGAGUGGAAUUUUUCAAAAAAAAAUGUUUUUUAUAUUUGUCUUCUCCCUAAUC